AUGAUGCGCCAGAUGCGCAUACUUUUGGUUGUUUCCUACAUCGCGGCUGUUAAGACCACAGCUUUGACAGAUGAGUGGUCUACGCCUGUUGCCUUGGACGCAGUAAGCGAAGCCGAGGAUCAGACAAAUUUUACAGUUGAUCCUGCGUGCGAAGGUGAAAUGCAGUCUCCAUGUCGUGGAGACACAAUGAUGGACAUGCUGCUUGACGUUGUUGGCUUCACCCCUCGUGAUGUGGUGACUUUUGCUGGUGCAGUGACAUUCUUCUCGCUACGGCCAUUGGUCAAGUUCGCUAGUGACAGCAUGAGGUGCCUCGUGCUGGCUGCCACCCAGAACGAGAGCUCCCGUCCGGUCCCAGGAGGUCUGCAGCGCGGAGACGGCACUCCGAGCAUUCUCGACUGCUCCUACAGUGAGGAGUGGAACGACUUUCGCCGAACCUUCUCUGCGAAUGCCGCUUCUGGCUUCCCCUAUGAUGAUUUCAUGUUUCAGAAGGCAGAUCGGCUCAUUGCGAAGAACAUUCUCACAUUCCUGGAGUUCCACAGAUCCAAGUCCAACGCCUUCUUCCACGACUGCGACAGGGAGGAGCCGGAAGGGAUGGUCUGCUUAUACGGAAUGCUCUCGGCCUUGUUCGUCCACCACCUCUACUUGCGAGGAAAUGUGGAGCAGCCAGAGCCCGAGGAGGACGACAAAGAAGUCUUCAGGCUCUCGACCGACCUUGCGAGGCUGAUGAUCGUGAACAAGAACAACUGUCUGGACUUCUUUGACUCGUCGAACUGGCCUUUGACGUUGGCACAGCUUGUCGCCACCUUGAAGCCGACUGAAGUGGACAAGGCGCUUCGUUUGGAGAUCCAGCCGGAGAGAAAGUUCGUCCCAUGGCUGCUGCCCAACUUCGGCUCGGCUGCUGCAGCGCUCGCCAAGAGCAGCGAUGUGCACGGGACUUCCUUGGUGGCAUACAUCACCGGCACACAUGCGGCCCUUGCCCGCGAGCCAGCGGAGAUGCUCACUCGUUUCGCAUCGAGCCUUCUGGGCAUUGGGAUGGCUGCCGUCAUGGAAGUCGCUGACGACACACACUGCGGUUUCCUGGGCUGUCACCCCGCAGAAAACAGAGAGGAGGUCGAGCCUCUGCUGCCCUCCCUGGGUCUGCGUGAGAUGAUGGGGGUCGGCUUCCAGCCUGUCGGUCUGCGAGAGCUGGGUCAGAAGCACUUUCGCCCACGCUGGACAGCGCUUGAUAUUGUUGACUUGCCAGGACUACUGUCAGAGUUCCAAGAACGCUUCCGCCAGCAUUCGCUGAGCCGGGCGGUGGACAUUGCAGUUUGCACUUCUCCAGCUGUGCUUUGCUUGCUUCUGCUGCCCUUCAAGCGCCCGCUGCUGGCGUACUUGGGGGAGCCUCUCCUCUUGUCGGUAGACGAGAGCGGCCGUGACAAAUGGUUCGAGCAGUUCGACAGCCUGGCAACCGACCCACAUCACUUCUUCACUUGCUAUAACCCCUUCUUGUCCUCCAUGAUCGAGUAUCAGACGGGAUUAAUCCUACCCACGAUCCGCCUCCACGGCCUCUACACCGAGGCCAGCUACGCACCAAGUGGCCGCAGAGGAGAGGAGGUACUUGUCAUCAAAGGACCCAACAUCUGCACCGAUUCGGUCUGUGUCCUGAACAAGUUCCUCGUCAACCUCCUUGGCCAGAGCAGUGCCGGAGACGCAGCGGAGGACGGGAGCAACCACAAGUUAAAGUUUGUCGGCUUAGAUGAACUUGGUGGCGCGACGUACGAAGAGAUGGCAUCCUUCAAGGCAACAGUGCUAUAUCCCUACGACGUGGCACUGGCUAUCUUCUACGAGCUCUAUUCCAUGGGAAUGCCACUGCUCUUGCCUCACGAAAGGCUGCUGCCAUUCUUUGUCUUCCGUGGCCUGCACAGUGCGGCGGAAUACCAUGCCGUCAGGGCGAAGCCAGACGGAUCCGGCAACUACCCUGGCGCUGGAUUGGGCUGCCCUCCCUUCGUGCCUUCCAUGGAGCCGGAGAAGUGGUUCUACGCGGGCAGCCAGUGGAGUUGGCGCACGGACUUUGCCAAGUUUCCAUUCAUACUCCGCUUCGGCAGCGUCGCCGAGCUCUUCGGCUUCUUUACCCCGGAGGGGGCCGACUGGCAGGCGACCUCCCGCGGCAUGCGCCGCUUCAACCAGGAGACCCUGACGCAGUCGGCGGCGAGCUGGGCCUAUGGAGUUGCCGCCGUUCUCGCGGGGAGCGGAGGAGCUGAGCGCGCUGCGGCCACAUCCUGA